UGCAGAGAAGCUGCAGAUAAUAAUGCGGCGGUGUUGUGGGACCAAUAGACCUUCGCUGGCACAUACGAGAUACAGGAGUUGUUCGGCUGCGGCGGAGCCGAAGAAUAACUUAGAUACAGUCCACAGAGAUGACCAUUUUCAAGUCCAGACUAGAAUAUGUGCACCGCAUUCUGCAUCAUGCUCAGAGUGCAACAGAGUAUGCGCUGGUGUAGCACACGAAAAGAUUUUACUUCUGUGGGAUGUGGUCGUCAGCUGCCCUCAAACAUGUUCGGGGCUUUCGGAGUAAAGGAGACCGCCGUGCCCGCGCCUUUCACUGCGCUUCCGAACUACCUGUCCCAUCCGUCGACCACUGCGGGGCUACUUUAUCAGACACUUCUUCGUGAUUCAUGUUCGUCCCAAGUCAAGCAGUGCCUGAUUGAUAGGGAACCAGAGCACCCACUUCUCCGUCUUUACCGUACUAUCUGUCCCAAGGCGAUCGGUACAGGAGACACGCCAACACAUGCGCCACUCCGCAGUGCCUCGUGAAUGAAGUCGGAAGGAAGCUUGGCUUUACCCUGCAACAAUUCUGUGUAGCUAUGUGUGCUUCUACAUGACGGCUAUCGUUGUAGAAGAGCAAGGGCGUAACAACGAACAAAAUGCCGCAGAACUCGACGAUCACCUCUGCCGUUUUCUUUUGCCCGUGGUGGCGAGGCUGCAAGAAAAAGAGGGACGAGCGUUAGUACGAUAGAGACAUGCGCAGUUCAAGCAAUCGAUAACGAGUAGCCGCACGUUGCCUUGCCAUGCUUGCACUUCACUGAAACUUUGCGAGUGUUUUUGUAGAUAAUGUAUUCCGGCAGAGAUGCGACCAACCACCUAAAGUGAUGUUCAUCUCUCAGGGGAGCGCGUCACGCUUCACUACGGCUCAGCAACUGCUUGCCAUUGACGCGUGCCCCCUCUUCGGACUGUGAUCUCAAACCACUCUUUCUUCGUGGACGGUGGGUUCUGGUAUUUUCCUCCGACUUUUUGCUUGCACUUGAUGGCAUUUUCCAGAGCGGCUCUAAUUGCAAAGAACACCAAGGGAAGCGCACGCAUGGCGAAGACCUCGAUGGAACAGUUUCUGGUUUUACUUUUCAAUACGUGCACUCGAAACCGCUGCCGUGUGUGGCAGACCCAUUGUUUGGAAUCAUCAAACAAUCGCCGUUCUUGCGCGCAGAUAGCAUUCGCGUUCGUGAAAGUAUAGUUUCACUUUCUCUUGCAGAUUCUCAUCGGCUCUGCACUUUGGUGCACAAAGAAGAGCUGAUUUGUUUAUCUCGGAACAGCCGUUUGACGGGUUAAGUACUAUGCGCUUAUUUUGCAGCCCGCCUUGUAUCGUACCACGACCCCAGACAAAGUUGUGCUCAUCCCAUGCCGGUCCCCGCGCCACUUCGAGUAGAAGAGCACCCAGCGCAGCUGAAUUCGCGUGGCCACCACUGUCAAGCUUGGUGUGGCAGGUGCUUGCAGCAUUUUUAAUUCAUUCAAACGGGGUAUUCACUGCACUAUAUCAUAUGCGUUGCCGCUAUGAAAGGGACCAGUCAUAUAUGUGGAUGCGAUUUCUCAACAACCCAGCCAUGAAUAAAUUACUGGCAUCACAACCAGCAAGCCGGUGUGCAGUCCCUCGUGCAUGAAGGGUCUCUGCCCUAGAUACCGGGACAACGUGACAUUCACAUCAGCAUCUGUUAAAAGGAAAUUUCAGGUCGUUCAGCUAUUGUGAAGCAGUUUUCCUGUGGUGCAAGCAGCCCGACUUCCAGUGAUUUCACUCCACAGUGCCGUGCCAGCGCGCACAACUCGGCUCUAGGGGGGGAUACUGUGAAGGGUACGGCUAGGCAACCAAGGAACUGCGCGAGUUUUCCUUCCGUCGUCCUCCACGUGACAGUCUUCACAGUGCCUGAUAUGAAGCGCCAGCCCUACCUGAAAACUUCGUCGAGUCUGUUUCGGGGGUUUUAGCUAUUCCGCAACAGCUGAAGUGCAAAUGCACCGUGUGAUCCGAGCGCUCGGCAAAGUUUAUCGUCGCGUUUCUGUGCGUACACUCUGGCAGCAUUCUCCAGAAAUUGAAGACGCGCUGGCUUGGGCGAGUCUCCAGUUGAUUGAGAUAAAUGAGUGCAGCAAACCGGAUUGCCUGUGCAAAGACAAUUUCAUAACAGAUACG